AUGGCGGAUCCGCUUAGCAUCGCGGCGAGCAUCGCCGGCGUUGCGGCAGCGGGCUUUGCCGCGGCCAAGGGUCUUUACGAGAUUGCCGACGGCAUCGGCUCGGCGGGGGUCGAGGUUCGAGUCUAUGGCGACGAGGUCGCGUCCUUCUCCAAGUUCCUGUACCACGUCCGGUCCGAGCUCGUGCGGUCCGAGGGCGUGUCGUCCGAGGCGCAAUCUCUUCUAGGUGACACGGUGCACCUCUACGACAGGAUCCUCCAUCCGUUCAAGGGCAUGCUGGGCACCCUGCAGCCCCUCUUGGCUCGGUUUAGGGGCCGCGAGAGCAAGCUGCGUCAGUUUGGUCUCAGGCUCCAGUGGGUCUUUAGGACCAAGGACAAGCUGGUCUUCUAUCGCAGCGCCCUGAAUGCCCAGCACAGGCUGCUCCAGACCCUGCUCGAUCUGAUCAUUCUCCAGGCGACGCGGGACAAGUCGGCCGAGAAUAUCCAUAUGCUCAACAUCUCUUUGCAGCACUCUUUCGCUGCAACUACCAGGGGAUUGAAUGAGACCAACGCCCCUACCCCACAGGAAGCACUUACAGGGGAUUCAAACCCCAAAUCGGUAUUUUCUGACACUGCUGAAGCGUUGAAGCUGCCGUCGGCCAACGCCGAUUCCGCAGACACAGACAUGGACCUCAAGGCGGCGUAUUUAGCGGAGGAGCCGACGCCUGAGCAGCGCGGCCGCCGCCAGUGGUUUGAGAAGCGCGCGUCCAACGCGGACCCGCGGGGCCUAGCCGCCAGGAACGUUAAUGUAUGGGACAUGGAGGCCAUCAAUGCCGAGCUGCCGGGAUAUGUUUGA